UAGGACGUGUGAAGUGUGGAUUUAACCUGUUCCAAAUAGCCACAGACACACCACUAUCAUGUUGAACUGAACUAUUAACCUGGAACAUUCGUUGUGGAUUAGAAAAUUCGUAUGCUAAAACAGGAUUCUGUAACAAAAUGAAUUUGGAAAGUAGGAGGCACCAUGAGUUGAUAUUUACUGUCGUGACAUUCCUGACGUGUCUUCCUGGAGUACACCAACUCAUUCAAGGCUGUCCAAACAACUGGGAGUUGAAUCAACAAUCUUGCUAUAAAUUCGUAUUCUACCCAACCUUGAAAUACCAAGACGCCAAAAUGUCAUGCCUCACGAAGGGUGCCGGAGUGGUGAGCAUCAACAGCCUUUCUGAACACAACUAUAUCACUCAGUGGAUCAAGGGAUUCGACAAGACAUGGAAUAGCUGGUAUACCAGUGGAAUACAGAUUUCUAAGAACCAUCCAGUCUUCCGCUGGGAAGGGGAUGGUUCACCAGUACCAGAUGAUCCGCAUUACUGGCUGAGUGAAGCCGAUCGCAACCAACAAGGGGAGAUAAUUGUCUACACGUGGAAAGAUGCUGCUGUAGGUUGGAGCCGAAGUCAUAUGACGUUGUCAUUGCCAUACAUAUGUGAGAUUCCACAAGUCGAGGCAUAUCGAAUUGUACAGGACCAUAGAGAUUUUGACUAUGGCACUGAGACAACAGAUCCGAACAAUUAUCUGCGUGGCCCGACUUUUUCUGUGGAAGCCACAGACGUUGUUGUUAUCAGUCAGAAGGAGACUAAGGCAUCUGUGGAGUGUGCAGCCAUAGCGAACCCAGCGGCCAGGUACGGCUGGAGCCGGAUAGAGGGGGGUCAUGUUAUUGACAUAACGGGGGACCUCGACCCCAGAUACACACUGACCAAUGGGAGGCUGACAAUUGAUCACCCGGAAGAGGGCGCUGAUUCUGGUCGCUAUCAAUGUCGAGCCGAGAAUCAAUUCGGAAUGAUCAUUGGAAGCAUCAUUCAGCUCUCAUUUGGGUACAUUGGAGAAUUUUCCAAUGUUCCUCGUGAAACGGUGAGGACGUAUGAGUACAACGGAGCGGCCAUAGAAUGUAUCCCUCCAAACCACAAACCGGCACUGACCUAUCAAUGGUACAAAGAUAAUGCGGGUAACUUUGUGAGACCCAGUCUGCAGCCAUACCUGUUCAUCUCUGCCCUGGGUAAGCUGUAUUUCUCGGAGGUGACAAGGGUGGACGAGGGACGGUACUACUGCGUGGCCACUCUCUCCUCCAACUACGGCGACACAGAGAUAAAGCAGACACCCAGCAGAACCAGUCUGCCCAUACCGCUCCAGAUCAUGGACGGAACGGCCCGAGAGUGGGGUCCGGAUAUCCACAGUGACUUCAUCGCUGUAUUCCCAGCCACACCACUGAGAGGACAAAUGCUUCGCAUGGAAUGUUUUGCUUAUGGCACGACACCUCUGAUAUACUCGUGGUCACGUGUGGAUGGACCCAUCACGGACAGGGCGGUGUUUAUAGACAGUAACCGAAUCGUGAUCAUCCCUAACGUUCAGCUAGAGGACAGCGGCCAGUAUAAGUGUUCUUGUCGUCGGACUUCAACCGCCAUAGCAGAGAAAACUGUCAAUGUCGUCAUUUCCGCAAAACCUUUUUUUAACUUUCCUUUGAGACACAAGCAUGUCGAUAUUGGAAGCCAACUGACAUGGCGUUGUGGAGCAAAAGGUGUACCGUAUCCGACCUACUCAUGGUUUAAGAACGGUCAGGUGAUUCAGCCUGUUGCAGGGGAAAUAGAGGUAUCCCACAACGUAUUAAUUAUAAAGAAUUUAAACCCAGACCGCCACGAUGGAAUGUACCAAUGUUCGGCUACCAACUUGUAUGGAACAUCGGUGUCCAGUGCUCAACUUAGAGUUUUAUCAUUGGCGCCCACCUUUGAAAAAUUCCCUCUUCGGACAUCACAGGAAGCCGCUUUGGGUGGAAAUGUCACCUAUUUGUGUGAACCGGAAGCGGCUCCAUUCCCUGAAUUUACGUGGUCAAAAAAUGGAGCUAAUUUAGGGCUCGUGGCAGGGGAUACUUCGGGUAGAAUACGGCUAUUACGAAACGGGAAUCUGUUGAUGACACAGGUACAGUCGUCUGACGCCGGAAAGUACAGGUGCACGGCAACAAAUCAGGCUGGGUCAGGCUACAGUGAAGGAGCGCUCGCAGUCACCACCGGUAUAACUAUCAGUCGGCCUCCUUCAUCUAAGAGUGUUCUACUGAACGAGACAACCUUCAUGUUCUGUCAGGCAUCCUACAAUCCGGUAUAUGACAUGGUGUACUUGUGGACGUUGAAUGGCAGAGACAUUGACGUCACCAACAAUCCAUAUUUUGGAUGGGGCACGGGAGAGAACUCUGGCGGUUUGUACAUUCGAGGUGCUCAGUUCAAACAUGCUGGGGAGUAUGUAUGCACGGCAAAAACUCCACUGGACGAGGCACGGGCUUCUGCUUAUCUUACAGUCGUUGGCCCGCCUGGUCCCCCAGCAGGUGUUCAGGUGGACGUAAGGAGCAUCACAUCCUACACUAUGAAAGUACGGUGGACGGUGGGCGAGGAUAACCAUCGAUCUAUCACAUCCUAUGUUAUCCAAGCCAGGACAGCCUUCAAUAGGGCCUGGCGAUACAUUACCGGAAAUAUCCCUGACGCUGAGACCGUGGAGCAGGGAGAAGAUAUGAGGCGGUAUGUUGUUAUAGGCCUGCGCCCGGGUAACAUGUAUAAUUUUCGGAUGGCAGCCGUCAACAAUCUGGGACAAGGGGACUGGAGCUGGCCCUCAGAUGCGUAUCAUACCCCUGGAGCGCCCCCUAGUGUAGCUCCGGAGAAGGUAGAGGGAGCUGGCGGUAGGGUGGGACUCCUGACAGCCAGAUGGGAGCCGCUAGACGAAUCUGAGCACAACGGGGAUGGAAUCGGAUACAAUGUGUUCUGGAGGAAGAAGGGUGUUAAUCUACAGACUUGGUCAAAGAGCACAGUCUAUGGAAACUCCACAUUCUUUGCCACAACGGUGGGUGUUGCAAAUUACUAUCUGGAAUACGAAAUCAAGGUCCAACCAUUUAAUAUUCAUGGUCCAGGGCCAAAUUCAACAAUCGCUGUUAUAUACUCGGCCGAAGGCAUGCCCACAGGAAUGCCUACUGGGGUGUUCUGUGACCCUUAUAACUCCACGUCUAUUAUGGUGCACUGGACGCCCGUCCCCAACGACCGGGAUUUUAUGAAGGGACGUGUUCUGGGCUAUCAGGUAAACUACUAUAUAGCUGACAUUGACAACCCUCUGAAAUACUCCAGCACCUAUCCGGCCAACAGUACAUCCGGGAUCAUAGUCGGUUUAUAUCCGGGUACUUUCUACUGGUCGGGGGUUCAGGUGUACAACACGGCGGGGCUGGGACCGGAGAGUGAGACGGACUUAGAGCAGACCUACGCUGACGCGCCACGCCUUUAUCCAACCGAAGUAGCCGUCCACUCCAUUAACGGAGAACACAUCCGUGUCACAUUCAGAGGAGUCAGUACCGGCCUAGGAGAGGAACCCUUGCUAGGCUAUAAGUUACGCUACUGGCUCUUCAAUGACGACAUUCGUGGCGCCCGUGACAUUGGGGUGGGGAAGGACAUGGACGGUGUGAUCAAUGGCUUAGAGAAAGGCUACAUUUACGAGCUCCGUGUCCUCGGCUAUAGCAAUGGCGGAGACGGCAAGAUGAGUCCGUCCGUCUUCUUCACCGUUGAAGGAGGACAAGUACGUCUCGACCCAGAAACAGCAGAAAUCAUAGCAGGAAGUAGUAUGGCUUCAGUGAAUUUCUCCAUUCUUGUGAUGGCAAUAAUUUUACUCACACUUGAGUUUUGAUGAAAACACGAAUGAUGAAAAAAUUAGUUGUAUAUAUUGGCUGAUAUUAAUCUUAUUAAUAAUAAAUUAAUAAUAUUAAUAAAUUGCCCACUGAUAAAAUCUACAAUGACACUGUUAUCUGUUAUGUAUGUUUUUUAUACAUAACAUAUAAUUUCGACAUUUCAUCAUUGCCUUUGACGUUUAUCACAAUUUUUCCAAUGUCCCAUUUUCAUUAAUAGUUCUUCUA